AUGCAGCCACCUCGAAGGAGUUCUCGCCUGAAUCGAUCUGUGAGCUCUCCGUCGAACGAUGAACCAAUAUGGGUUAAUGAUCCAACACCCGGUGAAUCCUCAAGGCGGAGUAGGAAGCGUGUUCGUCGUCGUUCUCCAGCUCCGCCGGAACCAACAGAAGUUGCCGCAGAUUCGGUGUCUGACGAUGACAGCGGUGGUGACAAUCACACAGAUGUUCCAAUCGAAGAGACUCUUCUCCCAAAAGAGCCAAGGUAUGAAGAGAGUCGAGCUGUGUUUCAAGCUAUGUAUGAGGCUAACCCGGAGUAUCUUCGUCCGUCAAAGCAUCCCCUCUCAGCUCGUUUUGCUACCAUGGCUGCACGCGGUAGGUAUUGCAUCCUCAGAGACAAAAACUUUGUGCCACAACAGCGCUUGGUGCUCACCAACAAGAAACUCGCAGAGGUUAGAGAAACUGUGUUUCAUUCUGGGUUUAUCUACACAGUGGUUGACUCCGACGCUUUCCAACCAACGGUGAUUCGGGAGUUUGUUGCUAAUCUGCCAGAUGCUGAGGAGAGAGAUGGUGGUGUGGCAAUGUAUCUCAGAGAGUCAGUUGUUACCCUGUCUCCGGGGCUUAUCAAUUCGCUGUACUGUAUUCCUGGAUCUGAGGAUGACCCAAACUGGCGUGAUGAGAACAUUGAUAAGGUUUGUAGCUUUCUCUCUGGUGGAAGGGUGAAUCGUUAG